GCUACUGUUCAACCGUUGAGCAGAGCCAUGGAAGUUCAUUAGCCAAUUACAAUGUGGAUACAGAUAUCCGUAGAUAAAGUUACCGUUUGAUGCAUGCUCCCUAUUAAUACAACCAAGCAUCAACAGUCUGAAACCACAAACUCAUCCUUCAUUUCCUUUCACUGCUUCUUUCUAGAUCUUAUUUCAGUCACAUCCUUCAAUGGCUGCUUCAACAAUGGCUCUCUCUUCUCCCUCUCUUGCCGGAAAGGCAGUGAAAGUAACACCAUCCGUUCCAAAGGGUGAAGGAAGAAUCACCAUGCUCUUCCAGAAAAAGACAGUGGCAAAGCCUGCUAAAUCAUCCAAACCCGCAGUUUCAUCUGACAGCCCAUGGUACGGUCCCGACAGAGUUAAGUACUUGGGUCCCUUCUCAGGCGAGUCUCCAUCGUAUCUCAACGGUGAAUUCCCUGGUGAUUAUGGUUGGGACACUGCCGGACUUUCUGCUGAUCCUGAAACUUUCGCCAAGAACCGUGAGCUUGAAGUGAUUCACUGUAGAUGGGCUAUGCUCGGAGCUCUAGGAUGCAUCUUCCCUGAAUUGCUCUCACGUAAUGGCGUUAAAUUCGGUGAAGCCGUUUGGUUCAAAGCCGGAGCACAAAUCUUCAGUGAGGGAGGAUUGGACUACUUGGGUAACUCAAGCUUAGUACAUGCUCAAAGCAUUUUGGCCAUUUGGGCUACACAAGUUAUCUUGAUGGGUGCAGUUGAAGGUUACCGUGUUGCCGGUGGACCUCUUGGUGAGAUUGUCGACCCACUUUACCCCGGUGGAAGUUUCGACCCUCUUGGACUUGCUGACGACCCAGAGGCUUUUGCUGAGUUGAAAGUGAAAGAAAUCAAGAACGGAAGAUUAGCAAUGUUUUCCAUGUUUGGAUACUUUGUUCAGGCGAUUGUUACUGGUAAAGGACCUCUAGAAAACUUGGCUGACCAUCUUGCUGAUCCUGUUAGCAACAACGCUUGGGCUUUCGCCACAAAUUUUGCCCCCGGAAACUAAGUGUACAUUCUAUGAAAAAUGUCGAUUCAUUAAUUACCUGGUUAUUCAAAUACAUUGUUGUUACUUAUGUAAUUGAGAUAACUUCUGACACCUCUAAAUUUUAUGCCAUUUUUUUUUGUAAUUUGAGUUCAUUUCAUCAUAAUAAAUCUCUUCAUCUGGGUUUCA